GAAAAAAAUAGAGGGGCGCAUGAGCCGGAAAGAACCGAACAGACCCUGUGUUUUUUUUCCGUUUUGAGAGCGGUUUGUGUGUUGGAACCGCAGCCCUAACUGAGGCUGGUGUUUGCGGCCGGCGUGAGCGUGGCCGACCCCCAACCCCCUGCCCUCUGUGUCACGUGCGCAGGCCCCGCCCCCUUCUCGGAUCAAGGCUCUCUGCCAGGCGCUUGGUCCUGUCACAGAAGCCGCGGAGCCCUUCUGCGCCUGCGCCUAGGACCCUGACUCUCCUGGACGCACCUGCCCUCAUUCCCUUCAAGGGGCGCCACCUGAGGUAGGCGCUGCAAAGGGCUCCUCCCCCUUUUGCAACUGCAGGUUUGUGUGAUCCAUGUUGGGCGCGCUUUUCCAGCACUAAGGCAAACUUAACAAAAAACGGAGCAGUCUGUAAAAAAGAACAACACACUUUAGGAACCGACCCCCCCCCCCCCCCCCCCCAAAUCGCAUUGUAGAGGAUCACUUCCUUGAACCAUUUCCAGGCCCGUAGCCAGAAAAAGAUCCAACCAGUCCAUACUCCAGGAAAUAAAGCCCAACUGUUCACUGGAGGGAAGGACAUUAAGAGGCAAAGAGGAAGUACUUUGACCACAUAAUGAGAAGAUAGGAAAGCUUGGAGAAGAGAAUGAUGCUGGGGUAAAUGGAUGGAAAGAGGAAGAGAGGCCGACCAAGGGCAAGAUGGAUGGAUGGUAUCCUUGAAGGGCCUGGCUUGACCUUGUGAAGGAGUUAGGGGUGGCCACGGCCGACAGGGAGCUCUGGCUUGGGCUGGUCCAUGAGAUCACGAAGAGCCGGAAGCAACUGAACAAAUAAACAACAAGCCAGAAAUUUUUUUGAGAGGCGAUGAAACUAUUCCCGCCCCAAAUGCCUUUUCAGGAGAUCGAAACAAGGCCCUGAAAUUACCAUCAAUGGGCAAAGGCUCUUCACAGAUGAGCAGUACUGGAGCUAGCCCAAUGUCAACUGUUGUUCCAUCGAGCAGUGGAAGAGGGAUUGUAAAAUCAACAAACUUUACUCCUGAACUGCAAAGCAUGAUGUUCUCCUUAGGAGAUGCUCGCAGACCUUUACAUGAAUCGGCAGUGUUGGUGGAAGACAUUGUCCACACUCAGUUGAUUAAUUUGUUGCAGCAAGCCUCUGAGGUUUCUCAAAUGAGAGGAGCAAGAGUCAUCUCUGCUGAAGAUCUUAUUUUUUUGAUGCGCAAAGAUAAGAAAAAGCUCAGAAGGUUACUUAAAUAUAUGUUUUUCCGAGACUACAAAUCUAAAGUUGUCAAAGGCAUUGAAGAAGACGAUCUUCUUGAAGACAAAUUCAGCAGCGGCACCAACAAACGGCAGAAAAUUGCUCAAGACUUUAUUGCCUCAAUUGAUCAAACUGGAGAAUUGUUGGCCUUGUUGGAAGAUGAUGAGAUUGAUGAUGUUAAACAAGAGAGAAUGGAGAGAGCAGAGAGACAAGCACGAAUGAUGGACUCUGCGCAAUAUGCAGAAUUCUGUGAAAGUCGUCAGCUGAGCUUUUCCAAGAAAGCUUCUAAAUUCCGAGACUGGCUGGACUGUAGCAGCAUGGAAAUAAAACCGAAUGCAGUUGCCAUGGAAAUGUUGGCUUAUUUAGGCUAUGAGACUGUAGCACAGCUGGUGGACUUAGCCCUUUUGGUGAAGCAGGACAUGACUCCCAAAGCUGGUGACCCCUUUAGUCAUGCAAUAUCGGCUACUUUCGUUCAGUAUCACAAUUCUGCUGAGAUGCAUGUAGCAGGACAGACAGCAAGUAUGAAGGCCAGCCCAGAUUCCCCUGAAAACACACCGCCGCCAACACCCACUCCUCCUUCAACAGGCCCACAGCUAUUUGGGAAAAUUCAGUCAGGGACCAUGGGAAACGGUAGCCUCGGACAAGAGUCGUCCAAAGUCAAACAGCGAAAGAGAAAGAAAAGCACUGCAGCUUGUGGCGGAGAGGCCCAGAGCGAUGCCAUCCAGCCUGCCCACAUCAGAGAGGCCAUUCGACGCUAUGGCAAUCAGAUUGGCCCCCUUUCCUCAUAUACAAGUGCCUACCGCAGAAAUGGGAUGAUGUUUCUUGCUUGCUAACAUGGAUGUGGCUACAGCAACAGGAAAGACAGUGUUAUAUUAAGGUGAUUUCCCCACCCCCCUGUUCCUCUAUUGGGGGGAAACACAAUUUUAGAAAGCCUCCAGCGUGUGGACUUGUGAGUGGGCUGGUUUGUUGUGACUAUCAGCAAGCUGACAGUCUCUUUUUCCAGCCCGCCCAAUUGUUAUUUUUGUUUUAUAUUCAGAAUAUUUAGCACAUUAAUGGCAGGAAGUUUGAGACUGUGUGGGUGGAUGAGAAUGCAGUUCACAUGAUUUUAACAUUUCUAGUAGAUUUUAUUGUAAAGUUCACUCACAUAUCUAAACUUGAAUGCUGUUUUUGUAAAUUGUAAUUCAUCAUUGUGUAACUUUUCAUAAAGCAGGACAAAUAGAUGCCAUGGUUUGAACUUCUCUGCUUUUAACUAAGAAAUCAUUUAGUGUACUUGUGUUUGUUUAAUAUUAGUUUUAUAUAGUCCUUUAAAUUGAAUUUAUUGAAUGCCACCCUGAUGUAUUUGGAUAUACAGCAUUGAAGAGUCACAUAUGAAAUGUGUUGACUUUCUCUUCCAAGGGAGGCAUUUGUGAAGGUUAGUUGGUGGGGUUUUCUGGCAAGAAGACAAAACUUUGUACACACAUUGCAGCAGACAACAACAGACCCUACCACCUCCUCCCUGCAGCUCCUUUGUCACUCUUUUCAGAUUGCAAUAAUUUUGUUUUCAUGUCAGGAGUGACUUGAGAAACUACAAGUCGCUUCUGGUGUGGGAGAAUUGGCCAUCUGCAAGGACAUUGCAGGCGUGAGCGGCUGCUGUUAGCUCCAGCUCCUGCCAACCUAGCAGUUCGAAAACAUGCCAAUGUGAGUAGAUCAAUAGGUACCGCUCCGGCAGGAAGGUACUGGCGCGCCAUGCAUUCAUACCGGCCACAUGACCUUGGAGGUGUCUACGGACAAUGCCGGCUCUUCGGCUUAGAAAUGGAGAUAAGCACCAACCCCCCAGAGUCAGACAUGACUGGACUUAACGUCAGGAAAACCUUUACCUUUACCUUAAGGACAUUGUCCAGAAGACGUCCAGAUAUUUUACCAUCCUUAUGGAGGCUUCUCUCAUGUCCUCGCAUGGGAAGCUGGAGCUGACAGACGGGAGCUCACCCUGCUCCCCAGAUUUGAACCACCAACCUUUUGCUCAGCAGUCCUGCCUACACAAGGGUUUAACCCACUGCGUCACCGGCGGCUCAAUUGCAAUAAAUAAAUCAUUAGGCAAACAUCACUGACCCUCCGAGACUGAGCCCUAAAACCUAAGGUAGCAGUUAUAAAAAUAAAAGCUCAUGCACAAGCCUUAAAAACACAGAGUCAAGGUAGACCCACACUUCACCUGCCCAAGACACAGCUCACCUUCUGCCAUUUUCAGAGAGCAUCAUAUAAUCCAGUUACUGAAUCCAGAUUAUUUGCUUUGAAUUAGAUCAUAUGAGUCUACACUGCCAUAUCCAAUUAGAAGUGGAUAUUCUGGAUUCAGAAACUGGAUUAUAUGUCAGUGUAGAUGGGUCCAGAGACCUCUUUCCAUGGGCGAUCUCCAAAAUGAAUGGAAAUGGUGACAGGGAUUGUGCUUCCAACUGAUGACUCAUGGGAGGAAGUGGGAAUGUCAGUCAACACUGGAAAGACCCCUGUCGAUUGCAGUGAUGGCUGCCCAAUAAAUGGGAAUUGUGUGGGAUCAAGCCAGGCAACACUACUCAGCUAGAUUGCUAAGGUGGUUACAUAGAUAAGUAGGUAAUACCUCCAAAGUUUUUUUGUUCCCACAACAAAACUUUAGGUUUUUUUUUUUCUUUUUAUGCUUAAACAUUGGGCUAUGGAAUUUCCAGGACCAUGGAUCAUGCUUUCCCAGUUAAAAUUAUGUAAGACUCAUCAGAGCAAAAUCUUACUUAAUAAAGACUUGUAUAAGGUAUAUCUUUGUUCAUUCACCACUUUUUUUUCAAUAUUUUUUUUAAUCAGCUGCUGAGCACUGUGAUUUCCUGUUGACUCUUUCAACUCAUUCUCCAAUGAGGAAAACAAAACUUUCUUCACUAUGUGGCAUUUAUUUUGUAUGUCUCUCAUUACAUAGUUUAUUAUUGCUUGGUUUCUCCUUUCUUUUGUUAUUUUGAAGAAGAUGGGUUUAAAAUAUCUAUUUUAAUUGCCUUCAGUGUUCCAGAAUUAAAAUCCCUCUCCCAAAAGUUGUGAAUUGUGUGGCAAGCUAAGAAACCCAGAAUAAAAUUUAUAAAUAUGAUGGAUACGAAAAACAGAGGAGGCUUCGGCUUCCCAGAUUUCCAAUUAUAUUACAAAGCAUGUACUUUAUCCUGGAUUAAAGGAUGGACCAGUCUGAAAAGAGAAAAAUUGUUAAUAGUGGAAGGACAUGAUUUAAGAGUAGGGUGUUAUGCAUGCUUAUGGUAUGGAUAGGUUAAAAACAGAAAAUUUUCGGAAACCAUUUUAUUAGAUCCACUCUUCUAAAGGUCUGAGAAAGACAUAAAGCUAAAUUCUACACCAAAACCCUGCUGUGGAUAUCUCCAUUGGAAGCAAGUCAAAGAAGAUUAAUGGGAUGGAAAAAUGGUCCAUUUACAAUUUUUAAAAUUGAUACUUUCCAACUGAAAUCACAAGAACAAAUAACAUACAAAAAUUUCUCUUAGUUCCAGUAUAUGCAACUGAGAGAAUAUUAUAAUCAAGAUAUUAUAAUCAAGAUGGAGCCCCCGAUGGCGUAGUGGACUAAAGCCUCGUGACUUGAAGGUUGGGUUGCUGACCUAAAAACUGCCAGGUUCGAAUCCCACCCGGGGAGAGUGCAGAUGAGCUCCCUCUAUCAGCUCCAGCUCCAUGCGGGGACAUGAGAGAAGUCUCCAGCAAGGAUGGAAAAACAUCAAAACAUCAGUGGGCAACGUCCUUACAGAUGGCCAAUUCUCUCACUCCAGAAGCGACUCAAGUUGCUCCUGACACGAAAAAAAAAAAAUCAAGAUAAGAAGAUAGGCUUUAGUGAUAUGAACACUUUUGGGACAAAUUAGUAUAUACUGAUAAGAAAAAUAUAACAAAAAUCUAUAAUAAAUUAUUAGAAUGGUCCAUUGAAACGGAAUUGGUAAAAAGUUGCAUGAACAUUGGUAGAUCUAUAAAAUUAUGUGAAUGGGAAAAGAUGUGGAACAAAAAAAAUGAAAUAUACAUAUGCAAUGUAUUUAAAAGAGAAUUGGUACAAAAUGAUGUACUGUUGGUAUACAACCCCACAAAAAUUGGGAAUUGUGUACAAGAGUGUCCAGAACAAAUACUGGAAGUGUGGUGUGCAAGAAGGUACAUUUUACCACAUGUGAUGGACCUGUAAAAAAGCAACUAACUACUAGAAAAUGAUCCAGGAAAUGAUUCCAAAAGAUUUUAAAAAUACAAAUUCAAAUGAAGCCAGAAUAUCUUUCUAUUCAGUGUGACAGAUAUGGAGAUUGAUCUUGACACAAAUAAGGACAUUUUAUUUGUAUUUUUGACUACAGCAGCAAGGAUGGUCUACACUAGACAUUGGAAAGCAGAAGAAGUCCCACUUAAGGACCAAUGGUUAGAAAAAGUUAUGGAAAUUAUGGGUAUGGACAAGUUAACAUUUUUAAUGAAGAGACACACAGGGACACCAUCUACACCUACGGACUAGCGACCCUUCAAGGAAUAUAUGAAAAUAAUAGGAGCAAGAGACAAUCUAAACAAACCACAGUUAGAAAUUAAAGAACGAAAGAUCUUGAAUAUUAGACAAGAAAGGGGAACGAGACUAAGAUAUUAAAUAACUAAGACAAGAAUCAAGAGAAAUGCAAAGUAGAAGAAUGGAAGUAACAAUCUCCCCUCCCCACCUUUCCUCCCCUUUCUAUUUUUACUUUUUUCCCCUUCUAUUUUAUCUAACCUGACAUUUUCCUACCCUAACCCUUACCCUUACCUUUACCCUCCUUCCAGCCCCCCCUUUCUCCCCUCUCAAUAUCCUUUUAUAUUUACCUUUGUGAAAGCCUCUAAUAAAAAUGUUUUUUUUUUAAGUUGUGAAUUUGUCUGCUUUUUACAUUGGGUUUUCUUUGUUCCUAAAUAUUAUAGUAGGAAUGUAGCACCAACUGUGUGGUAAAAUCUGAAAUUACUUUAGCUGGAACUUCUUGGUAAGUGUCACCGUAAUUGAGUCAGGCACAAGGGGUGGACAGUGGAAAUAUUGGAGAGUGAAUUGUUCUAUCGACCCACUCUCUCAGUGUGCAAGUAUGAAAGCCCACAGUGGGACCUUUUUUCUGUUGGAAGUAUCAUAGUUGCCAUUUUCAGUAUUACACUGCCCACAACAGCAUAACAUUUUUGCAUGUCAUUUUUCUGGAACUAUAUCUGCAUGUUAAAAGACUAAAAAUAACAUGUACAAUAAAGAGGAAAAACAUUUCUGA